CGUUCAGAUAAUCGUCGUAACCAAUAGCGGCAUCCACCCUCUUUCAAGCGCUUCGAGAUUUGGGUGAUCUCGACCUUUCGCUUCGCUCAAGCGAAAGGUUGGCUAGGACGAUUAGUGCUUCACUUCAGCCUUGUUCAUUUUAGUCAAGCUCACUUUAGGAACCUUUAUAGCGUUUUUAUUGUUGUGACGUAUCGUUCAUUAACUCCAUAGAUGAGAAGAUAAAAUGUCCGACAUUGACGACCAGUUAAGCACGCUGUGCGAAGUGUGCCUGAAGGUUUUCAGCCUCAACCCAGACAACGAUACCGAAUACUCUCAUCACCCAAAUCUCGAAGCGCUUCGGCAAGCGAAAGAGGGUGGAUGCUCGCUAUGCAACGUUAUUUGGGAUAGUAUUCAGGAUCAUCAUGAGGGUGAAAUAGUUUGGCGCAGGAGAAAGAUCUUCGACCAACCUCCGGUAAUGUUGCAGUUCUAUAGCAAAAACCACGAGAAGGAGGAGGACUGGAGAGUAGACCUUGGGAUAGGACCGCUUAAAGAAUAUGACAAUUCCGAUGGCGACGAGCCAUGCAGCAGAAAGCAUACUCCAGGAACAAAGACUGAUUCGCCAGAAACAUGGCGUCUCAUUAAUCAUUGGUUACACGACUGCAUCAGCAAUCAUACCGGAUGCACCAUGUCUAAAAGAGAUUCAAACAGUAGUCGUAACAACUUACCUGACCGAAUCAUUGACGUUGGAAAGCCCGGUGACGCUACUGUACGGCUGCGUUGUGCCGUCGAUAUGAAUCCCGAGGAGCGUACUUCCCGCUAUCUCACACUCAGCCAUCGAUGGCCGAAGGGUCAGUUGAUCAGCCUCACGGACAAAACCUUGGCUUCCUUCAAACGUGGAAUACCUAUUUCUGAUCUGCCAAAGACCUUUCAGGAUGCAGCCCAAGCAACUCGACAGCUGAAAGAAAGGUUCCUGUGGAUCGACUCCCUUUGCAUCAUGCAAGACUCAGUGUCGGACUGGAGAGAGCAAGCCGCAAAGAUGGGGAGCAUCUAUAUGUAUGGUCUAUGUAACUUGGCAGCAACUGCAGCCUCUGACUCGACCGGCGGUUUAUUCUUCGACCGCAAUGUGGCGGCUAUCCAUCAUCUACGAGUUCGCUGUAACUGGACGUUUCUAGGUCCAAUCGGACGGUAUCCACAUACUUCUGGUGGACUUUUUCGUGUCGAUGACUUCCUUUUGCUGAAUAAAAUGGUUGAACAUACAGAACUCAACACUAGAGCCUGGGUGUUUCAGGAGCGACUACUCUCCCCACGAAUCGUUCACUUUGCACAGAAUCAGUUGGUAUGGGAGUGUAGGAAUGGUCGAGCCUGCGAAAUGUAUCCAGAUGGCGCUCCUAAUGGACCCGGAAGCAUAGCUAAAUGGUCGCAUUUUUGGCCUAUAAAAACCUUUGCUCAGGAGCUUACGACUAAGGGCGCAAAGACCCAUCGCGACUGGAGACUUAUCGUGCAACGAUAUUCCGGGUUGGAUCUAACUAAGAGGAAGGAUGUACUCGUUGCUCUCUCUGGUCUUGCAAAACUUAUGCAAAACGCCAUGGGUGAUGAGUAUCUUGCUGGAUUGUGGGAGACAACAAUAGCACACGACUUACUUUGGGAGCGCACAGGCCGUAUUGCGCACAGGCAAGGUGAUGCAACGGAUAUUGGAAAGUCAUUUGCACCUACAUGGAGCUGGGCAUUCCUAGAUUAUCAGGUGGCUUGGGAUAAUUUUCAAGAAUGGGCCACAGAGAUUCACAUGACACUACUUCGAUCCGAUUUUCUUCCCAUUCCUGCCCAAACCUUCAUCCAAGAGCCCACCCCAAGGAAUGGGCGGGAUCCAUUAACUGGGAUAUUUCGAAAUGGUUCGGCCGCCUCUAACCACGGAGGAGGCGAAAGUAACAGCGGUAUAGGUGCAGCAAGCGACUCGACUCGGAAACUUUAUCUCAAGGGAAGAAUUUUCAAGGUCCCAUGCAGUAAAAACAAACGAUAUGUUCCAAUGCCUAGCACGAAUCCCGAAAACAAAGUUAUAGAAGUUGUCAUAUCUGGCCAUACUUAUCCUGCGUGGGUCAUUUAUGACAAUCCUCAAGAACAAGAUGUAUUCUUUAUCUACCGAGACACCUUUCCCGCCUCGUAUGGGGAAUUUCAGUUCAUGCCUGUGGCAUACUGCCCGAUCGAAGCAUACGGCUACCGCUGGUAUGGCCUUAUUCUCAAAGCUGGAGAAGAUCUGCCAGACCAUUACCGGAGAACUGGACGGCUAGAAAUUUUAAUGUCACCAGAUCAGUUGGCUGAGGCGUUACGAAGCGGGGACCGUGGCGGCCAGCUUGAGUCGUUUGACUCAGAUUUGCAGUGGCUUAUCACUCUUCAAGGUGUGAAGGCUUUUGAUAAUCUAGAUAUGGCAAGACACGGCUAUGAGUGUGAGAUAACUCUGGUUUAG